UUUGGUGUAUUGUGUUAUUUUGAUUAUGGUAUUAUUAUUUAUUAGCAAAUGCACAGCUGAUCAGUGUUGCCUGGAGUUUGCGCAGUGGUGUUGUUGGUUGUUAGCUUACUUUAAAAUCGCGGUAAUUUUCGAUAUGGCGGGAGACCAAGAUGCCGAAAAUACGAUGGAAGUUGAUAUUGUUCCUUCAAAAAGUGAGCUUAACGAAGUUAAUAAAGAAAAGCCGAAUAAAUCCACAAAUAUACCAUGGAUAGAGAAGUAUCGUCCACAAGUAUUCUCCGAUAUAGUUGGAAACAAAGAUACUGUGUCACGGUUAGCUGUUUUUGCACAGCAUGGCAAUGCUCCAAAUAUAAUAAUUGCUGGACCUCCUGGAGUUGGAAAGACUACUACUAUUCUCUGUUUGGCACGUAUUCUUUUGGGACCUGCAUUUAAGGAUGCUGUACUUGAAUUAAAUGCUUCUAACGAUAGAGGCAUCGAUGUUGUUAGAAACAAAAUAAAAAUGUUUGCUCAGCAAAAGGUGAAUCUUCCAAAAGGAAAACAUAAGAUUAUUAUCCUGGAUGAAGCAGACAGUAUGACGGAUGGUGCGCAACAAGCUUUACGGCGUACCAUGGAGAUUUAUAGUAAUACAACAAGAUUUGCAUUAGCUUGCAAUAACAGUGAAAAGAUAAUUGAGCCAAUACAGUCUCGUUGUGCUAUGUUGCGUUAUGGAAAGCUCACCGAUGCUCAAAUUUUAGCCAAAGUCAUUCAAGUUUGCCAAAUGGAAGGGAUAUCAUACACCGAUGAUGGUCUAGAAGCUAUCGUAUUCACAGCACAAGGUGACAUGCGUCAAGCUUUAAAUAACUUACAAUCAACUUACAAUGGAUUUGGACACGUAAAUAGUGAGAAUGUUUUCAAAGUUUGCGACGAACCCCAUCCGCUUUUAGUAAAAGACAUGCUUGAAUCGUGUGUGAAGACAGACAUUUUUAAAGCUUACGAGAUAAUGGAAUACUUGUGGAAAAUGGGAUAUUCAGCAGAAGAUAUUAUCAGCAACAUAUUCCGUGUUUGUAAAAAUUUAUCGAUCGACGAAAAACUCAAGUUGGAUUUCAUACAGGAAAUUGGAAUCACUCACUUAGGCAUUGUCGACGGAAUUAAUAGUUUACUACAAAUGCACAGCCUGUUGGCUCGGCUGUGCCAAAAAGCUCUUGCGAAAUAACAUACCUUCGUAUAUAAUGUUAAUAAUAGGUAUAAGUGAAUAAAACCAUUUCUAUAUUUUUUUUCAAUUUA